AGCAACGCCUCAGUCACUUGACGCGCCACUCCUACGCACACUGACGUUUCUCACCUUGGUUUUACCUGAAAGCUUUUGUUUGCUGUGGCGUGACGUUACUGCUUCGGAUUGACCCAGGCGCACACACCAGCAGUACGGUGCUCGUCCAGGAAUCCCUAGCGCAUCUCCGCCCGACGAUUGCCGUGGACAGGCCGAGGGCGGAUAAACGCAACCAUGAGUCCCGAUCUGGCAGUCACGAAAAGAAGUACGGCAGUUCUCAUGGAUAGCCAAGAUGCUGCGGCGACGAGCGGUGACGAGCGUCUGUCAUCUCCCACUACUAAGAAGCUCAAUUCCUGCUCCGCGAGUGGCGGCGGCUCAUGCGUCAUAGAGAAUUCCAAGAAUCCGACCUCUGCUCCUGGAAUGCCGCCUGCGACCACGUGCGUCGCACACGACGCCUGCGACAGCAAUUUCGAGGAGCAGGCCGCGCGGACGGCGGCGGGAGGCAAGCGAAAGCUCAUCGAAUCCGGCGCGGCGUGGGCUAAAGCCACCGGAAACACAGCGGGUGACUAUAACGAGGGGUCGUGGGACCCGGUGACGUCGCUCGCUAGUAUCCGGCACGAGUUCGGCGAGCAUGGCGGCGUGAACAUGUCGAUCGAGAACAGCGCGACGUUCACGGUGAUGGAGCCCGAAAGCAUGGCCAAGAUCUUCACGGGGCAGCUUGGCCCGGACAACGACUUCUUCGUGUACAGCCGCCACUUCAACCCCACCGUCAUGGCGCUGGGCCGCCAGCUCGCGGCGCUGGAGGGCACGGAGUCGGCAUACUGCACGGCGAGCGGCAUGGCGGCGAUCUCCGCUGCGAUUCUGCAGCUGUGCAAGCACGGCGACCGCAUCGUCGCGUCCAACAGGCUGUACGGCGGCACCUUCGCGUUUCUCGACUGCUUUCUCCCGCGCAUGGCGGGCAUCCGCACCACCUUCGUAGACAUCACGGACCUCGCCGCAGUCGAAGCCGCUCUUUGCGGGGACGACGUCGGCUCUACAGCAUGCGAGCUCAUGGGCAGCACCGCACCCGGCGCAGCCGCCACCGUGCGCCCACUCGCCGACUCCCCUGGCGCCACUCCUGCUACCACUACCAGCACUCCACCAUCUGCUGCCGCUGGCCGCGUCUGCACCACUGCACUGCCGGCAGAUGACAUCUUGGAUGGUAGUAACAGCGAUGGCGACCAGCCGGCAGGGCCCCGCGGGGGGCGCGUGGGGGCGGCGCGGGUGCUGUUCUUCGAGACGAUUUCGAACCCCACUCUGGUGGUGGCGGACGUGCCGGCGCUGGCGGCGGCGGCGCACCGACACGGCGCGGCGGUGGUGGUGGACAACACGUUCGCGCCCGUGCUGGUGUCGCCCGCCAAGCACGGCGCGGACGUGGUGGUGCACAGCCUCAGCAAGUUCAUCAGCGGCGCAUCGGACGUGAUAGCGGGGUGCGUGUGCGGCUCUGCGGCGUUCAUCGCGUCGCUCAUGAGCCUCACAUCGGGCUCGCUCAUGCUGCUCGGCGCGACCAUGAACCCCCAGGUGGCGUUCAACCUCUCCGCGCGCCUGCCCCACCUGCCGCUGCGCAUGCGCGAGCACGGCCGCCGCGCGCUGCUCUUCGCCUCACGCCUGCACGCCCUCGGUCUACCCGUCUCCUACCCGGGCCUGCCCUCACACCCCCAGGCACCGGUUCUCGCCCGCAUCUCCAACGGCUCUCUUCCUCACCUCCUUCCCCCCUCCGGGUCUGCCUCGCCAGCCGGUGGCAGUGCAGUGGCUGGGGCUGAGUGGCUGGGGCCGUAUGCGGGGGGUGGCAUGCUGAGCUUGGACCUUGGGAGUACCGCCAUGGCGUAUGACUUCAUGCGGCACCUGCAGAACAACGCCGAGUUUGGAUACAUGGCUGUCUCCCUGGGCUUCCACGACUCGCUGGUGUCGUGCAGCGGCGCGAGCACGAGCAGUGAGAUGCGUGCGGAGCAGCGCCAGGCGGUGGGCAUCUCCCCUGGUCUCGUGCGCAUGUCCGUGGGAUACACGGGCAGCGAGGAGCAGCGCUGGGCGCAGUUGCAGCAGGCCGCCACUGCAGUGGGGCUGGUUGGGGGGGAGGGGGGACGGAAGAGGAGGAAGAGGAAGGUGGGGGAGGAAGUGGAGGAAGGGGGUGAUGGCGAGGGAGUGGUGGUGUGAAGGGAAUGGUGGUGGUGGAGGAAGGGGAUGGUGGAGAGGGAGUGUGGGUGGUGAGGAAUACGUGGGUCUGCUGUGAUUAUUGUGAAUAUUCAAUAUUGGGGCAUGUGUACAUACACGUGAUAGUGAGUGUGCUUGUGUGUGAAUGAGUGUAGCGACAGUGUACAUAUCCAUCAGUACAUGGCCAUCAGCCAACAUCAGUAAUUCUACCAAGUACUACAUGAGUCAUGGACAACAAGGGCAAGAAGAUCUCUACGGGUUCACCAAGCGCCCAAGACAUUCAACCCGGCAAUUCUGGACUGACACUUCAGGACUGCAAGCCGAGACCGGCGCUGCUCAAGAAACAACAGGAAGGGCACAAGAAAUAGUGACCCCAUCACCCUCUUCAAGCGUGGACCCGAACCUUACGGAAAGGUUCUUCAGCUUCAUGUCACACUUCGACCAGCAGUAGCAGACAAGGACACCUGCACAUUCAACACAGAGCAACGGGGGACACAUGGGAUUAGCGCCAAUGAGCCUCGACACCUCAUCGUUCGGUCGACACAAUCAAGCGCCUACCUUUGCGCCUUAUCACUCUUUACUGGGGACGUUCGAGUUCAUGCCGCCUCGUGCUCAACCAACAGCAGCUGCAUCACAACAGACACCAAAUGAGCUAUUGAGUCUCCAGGCGCAGUUUUCACACGUGAUCAAACUACAGACAUCCUCACCGUUCAACGGACACGACUUUUUUACCUGGAGCUUCGAGUUCGAACUACUGAUGGAGGCUGCGCAUCUCUUGGGAUACUUCAACAGGUCCCUGCCAUUUCCAAGCAAUGGCACUACAAAGGAGCAGGAAAUCUUCACUUAUCAGUCGCUGCUGGCAUACACAGUUCUCCUGCGGAACCUGUCACCACAAGAACAACAAAGCAUCAAAACGUAUCGGAGCUACGGAAACUCCGCGGAGCUCGCAUGGCAUCACCUCGAGUGUCUCUACCAAGCAAAAGACAGCGUGACACAAAGCAGACUCAUGCAGCAGUUGACAACAAUACAAAUGAAAAAUGGGGAAAAGGCGAUGCAGUAUAUGAGUCGCUGCCAGACACUCCGCGACCGCCUGCUUUUGUGCGGAGGUACAAUAACUGAAGAAAGCUUCUUGACACUUGUCCUCGCCGGGCUUGGGUUAGAAUGGAGAACCACCCGCUCGCUUCUUCGCGCCCACGGACGAAUUUCGGACAUGCACCUCUGCGCCGAGCUUCAUGCUGAACAACAGGAGAUGGACCUGUUUGAAGACAGACAACCAAGAAACAAGCAGCAACCGUUAGUCUUCUAUGCUCAACAAAGAAACGACAACUACAAUCGACGUGACAGGCAGAAUCGACACGACACCAAAGGACUAACCAUCGUGCCGCCGUUCUGCCACAACUGUCAGACAUCCGGACACUCUAAAGUUAACU